GGCGCGGCCUUCCCCUCCUUCCCUCCGCGAGGAGGUGGAGCCAGAGGGGAGGGGGCGUGGCCGAGCCGACGGUUCCCGCCGGGAACCUCCAGCCGCGCUGGCGUCACAGCCGGGGCGGGGCUGCGCGGGCGCAGGGAGGCGCGGAGGCGGUCGAGCGCGCGGGCGACGGACAGAGCCAUGGCGGGGCCGGCCGAAGGCCCCAGCCCCCGCAUGAGCAUGGCCUCCCAGUUCUUCAGCGAGGAAGAGUGCGGCAGCGAUGGCAUGAGCACUUCCGAGCGGGUGGUAGAUCUCCUCAACCAGGCGGCUUUGAUCACCAACGAUUCCAAGAUCAACAUCCUCAAGCAGGUGCAGGAGCUAAUCAUCAACAAGGACCCAACGCUGCUGGACAACUUCUUGGAUGAGAUCAUCGCCUUCCAGGCUGACAAGUCCAUUGAGGUGCGGAAGUUCGUGGUGGGUUUCAUCGAGGAGGCCUGCAAACGGGACAUUGAGCUGUUGCUGAAGCUCAUUGCCAAUCUCAACAUGCUGCUCAAGGAUGAGAACGUCAACGUGGUGAAGAAGGCCAUCCUCACCAUGACCCAACUCUACAAGGUGGCUUUGCAGUGGAUGGUGAAAUCGAAGGUGAUCAGCGAGUUACAGGAAGCUUGCUGGGAGAUGAUGGCCGCCAUGGCCAGCGACAUCAUCCUCCUCCUCGACUCAGAUAACGACGGCAUCCGCACCCAUGCCAUCAAGUUCGUGGAGGGACUGAUCAUCACCCUGUCACCCCGCAUGGCCGACUCUGACGUCCCCAAACGUCACGAGAACGACAUCAGCCUCGAGCGCAUCCCCAAAGACCACCCUUAUAUCAAAUACAACGUGCUGUGGGAGGAAGGCAAAGCUGCCCUGGAGCAGCUCCUCAAGUUCAUGGUGCACCCAGCAAUCUCCAGCAUCAACCUGACAGCUGCGCUGGGUUCCCUGGCCACCAUCGCCCGCCAGCGGCCCAUGUUCAUGGCUGAGGUCAUCCAAGCCUACGAGACCCUUCACGCCAACCUGCCCCCCACCCUGGCCAAGUCACAGGUGAGCAGCGUCCGUAAGAAUCUGAAGCUGCACCUCCUCAGCGUCCUGCGGCACCCGUCCUCGGGGGACUUCCAGCCCCAGAUCACCACCCUCCUCGUCGACCUAGGCACCCAACAGGCCGAGAUUGCCCGCAGCAUGCCCAGCCCCCGCGACACCCGCAAACGACCCCGCGACGAGCCCGAGACCACCCUCAAGAAGAUGAAGAUCGAACCCCCCCUGGGCGAAGAUGAUGAGGACAAAGACCUGGAGCCGACAACAGUGACGGCACCCAAAGCAACCGGCCAGACCAACGUCCCCUCGGACACGGACAUCACUGCUGAGUUCUUGCAGCCACUCCUCACCCCGGAAAAUGUCGCCAACCUGGUGCUGAUCAGCAUGGUGUACCUCCCCGAGGCCAUGCCCGCGUCUUUCCAGGCCACCUACACCCCUGUGGAGUCGGCUGGCACCGAGGCACAGAUCAAACACCUCUCCCGGCUCAUGGCCACCCAGAUGACGGCAGCGGGACUCGGCCCCGGUGUGGAGCAGACGAAACACCUGAAGGAGGAACCGAAGGAGGAGAAGGCGGCCAAGCCGGAGAGCGUGGUGAUCAAGCGGCGGCUGUCGGCGCUGGCCCAGGGCCAGGCCAUCUCCGUGUUGGGUGCUCAAGGUUCGGCCGCCAACCUGCUAGAGGAGGAAGCCCCGCAAACUAAACGUCGCCCUGAGCCCAUCAUCCCAGCCACGCAGCCCCGGCUGGCGGGCGCUGGUGGCCGUAAGAAGGUUUUCCGUCUCGCUGACGUCCUCAAGCCACUGAGCGAUGCGCAGAUGGAGAAGCUGAAGCUGAGUGCUGUCAAACGCAUCCUGCGUGCCGAGCGUGCCGUCGCCUGCAGCGGGGCCGCCCAGGCUCGCGUGAAGAUCUUGGCCUCGCUGGUGACACAGUUCGAGGUGCCACUGAAGAGUGAGGUGCUGGCCUUUGUCCUCGAUGACAUCCGUGGCCGCUUGGACCUGGCUUUCGCCUGGCUUUUCCAGGAGUACAAUGCUUACCUGAGCCGAUACCCCGCCGGCAGCCUGGAACGCUAUGAUGAGUGUCUCAUUGGGCUCCUCGCCGGUCUCCAGGAGAAGCCUGACCAAAAGGACGGGAUUUUCACCAAAGUGGUGCUGGAGGCGCCGCUGAUUACCGAGAGUGCGCUGGAAGUCAUCCGCAAGUACUGCGAGGAUGAGAGCCGGACCUACCUAGGCAUGUCCACGCUGCGUGACCUCAUCUUCAAGCGGCCAUCGCGGCAAUUCCAGUACCUCCACGUCCUGCUGGACCUCAGCUCCCAUGAGAAGGACAAGGUACGCCAGCAGGCCCUCCUCUUCAUCAAGCGCAUGUACGAGAAGGACCAGUUGCGGGAGUACGUGGAGAAGUUCGCCCUCAACUACCUGCAGCUCUUGGUGCACCCCAACCCACCCUCCGUCCUCUUCGGGGCUGACAAAGACACGGAGGUGGCGGCGCCGUGGACGGAGGAGACCAUCAAGCAAUGCCUCUACCUCUACUUGGCGUUGCUGCCCCACAACCACAAGCUCAUCCAUGAGUUGGCUUCCGUCUACACCGAGGCCAUCGCCGACAUCAAGCGCACCGUCCUGCGGGUCAUCGAGCAGCCGAUCCGUGGGAUGGGGAUGAAUUCACCUGAGCUGCUGCUGCUGGUGGAGAACUGUCCCAAGGGAGCCGAGACGCUGGUGACACGCUGCCUGCACAGCCUGACGGACAAAGUGCCUCCCUCGCCUGAGCUGGUGAAGAGGGUCCGCGACCUCUAUCACAAGCGGCUGCCGGAUGUGAGGUUCCUCAUCCCCGUCCUCAACGGGCUGGAGAAGAAAGAGGUGAUCCAGGCGCUGCCCAAACUCAUCAAGCUCAACCCCAUCGUGGUCAAGGAGGUUUUCAACCGUCUGCUGGGGACACAGCAUGGUGACGGUGCCUCAGCUGUGUCCCCGCUGAACCCGGGAGAGCUGCUCAUUGCUCUGCACAACAUCGACUCCUCCAAGUGCGACAUGAAGUCCAUCAUCAAGGCCACCAACCUGUGCUUCGCCGAGCGAAAUGUGUACACCUCGGAGGUGCUGGCAGUGGUGAUGCAGCAGCUGAUGGAGCAGAACCCAUUGCCCAUGUUGUUGAUGCGAACCGUCAUCCAGGCCCUCACCAUGUACCCCCGCCUGGGUGGCUUCGUCAUGAACAUCCUCUCCCGGCUCAUCAUGAAGCAGGUGUGGAAGUACCCCAAAGUCUGGGAAGGUUUCAUCAAAUGCUGCCAACGCACGAAGCCCCAGUCCUUCCAGGUGGUGCUGCAGCUGCCGCCCCCCCAGUUGGCCGCCAUCUUCGACAAGUGCCCUGAACUGCGCGAGCCCCUCCUCAGCCACGUCCGGGCCCUCACCCCCCACCAGCAAGCCCACAUCCCGCUCUCCACCAUGGCCAUCCUGGAGGCCUCCACCCGCCAUGAGCCCGACGCCCGGGAGGGGCCGCCCGGAGAGGAGAAGCCCCCGAAGCGGCCAACCGAGGAAGAGGCGAAGGGAAAGGCCAUGCCCUCAGCCACAGUGGGGGGUCCUACCGCGGGGGCACCCCCCUCCGAGGCACCCUCCGACCUGGGGGGGGCCGACCUCGAGCCCCCCUCCAUCUUCAUCAGUGUUACCGAGGACGAGGAGAGCUCGGGGGAGGCUGCAUCCCCACCUGAUGCCACCCUUGACACCCCGACGACCCCUGCCAAGGACCCACCCACCAGCAUGGACCCUCCCCCAGCAGUGCCACCCCCAGUCGAGGCAGCCCCCAGCAGCCCCCCCUCCUCGGAACCACCCCCCCCCGGGCACCCAGAGCCCCGAGGUGCCCCCUGCGGGGGCCCCCGAUCCUCCCCCUGGCCUGACAGAGGGCUGAGGUGGGGGGGGGGCAGUGGGUGCCACCCCUCCAACCCCUGGGGUGCUGUGCUUAAUAAAGGCGUGGGAACACCGCUGGGGCUGUGUCUGCUUGUGGGGGGGCACCCUGGACCCCCCCUAUCCCCCCCGGGAGGGGUCAUCCUCUGCCCCCCCCCCCCCCCCCCCCGGCACCCUGAGGCUCUCGGGGGGGAGCAGUCCCAGUCUAUGGGUGGGCGUGGCCUGGGCGAGUGGGGGCGGGGCAUGGGGGCGGGGCCUGAGUGGUGGCUGAGCACUGGGGACGCGGCCGGGGCGGAGCCCGGUCCCCUAAGGGUGGUGCCGAGGGGGCGUGGCUACGCGUGA